AUGUUACACUAUCAAGGCUAUAACGAAUCGGUUGUAAAAACAGUCAAGGAGCUCAUUGAUGCCGUAUCACAACACACUUGUGAUGAAGAGUUCGUAAAGAACCAAAUUAUUGGCCUAUCCAGUCAGUUGACGGAUUUUAGGCAGCUGAGUCCCCUCUCGUCUUUGAUCAUCAACAAGACUUGCAACCAAAAAAUACGCGAAACGAUUCAUAACGCGUUUCAACAGACAAAGAGGGUAAACUAUACCAACAUGUAUGCGCGGACGAAGAUGCAAAUAAAAAAGGGAUUUUUUAACCCAUUUGAAUCGCUGGAUACAGCGCCAAAAAUGACAAUUCCGGAGAUUAAACCGCUCGUGAUUGAACCUGAUGAAGUUGAUGCGAUUCUCCAUGCCAUACAACAGAGGAAUGUUGGGAAACCCAUCUCUUUAUCUGAGCCGUCAAUCUCUAAAAAACCCACGGGAGCACGAGAAACCGUGGAACUUAUGGACUACUCCAAAUUCAUUUCUCAUAAAGACACCAAAGGAGUAGAAAAUGUACAAUAUAUAUCGCAGUUGUCCUGUGAAAAUUUGGCAAAGGUCGUAAGUCUAGAAAGUUCAGAUUACGCUGAAAACCUGAAAAGGAUGAAGGCGAUAGCGCUGGACAUUGAAGCUGAUGUUAGCAUGUUAACUGUAGAGGAGGCUGAAUUUAUACUUGGGGAAAUGGGCCUCUUAAAUUCUAAAAUAUAUGAAAAGGGGAGAAGAAUUGCCAUUGAAAGAAGUGUAGACGAAUGGAUAAAGAGGCCCAUUGUGGUGACAAUCAUGGGUCACGUAGAUCACGGAAAGACGACCCUGCUAGAUCGCAUACAAAGGACAAACAUUGUCAAAACAGAGGCUGGGAGAAUCACGCAAAAACUCGGCGCAUUUCAGGUCGAAACUGCCAAGGGGAAAAUCACCUUUGUGGAUACUCCUGGUCAUGCAGCGUUUGGCGCAAUGAGAUCGCGAGGCAUAAAAUGCGCCGAUGUUGUUAUUCUUGUCAUAUCUGCAGAUGAUGGAAUCAUGCCUCAGACGUUGGAGGCGCUUGAUCUUAUCAAGAAACAAGAUAUGCCAUGUAUAGUAGCUGUGAAUAAGAUCGACGUUUCCACAAAUGAGAUGAAGGAAGCUGUAAGAGCUGAAAUUUCCAAACAUCUUCCGGAUUCGCCUAUAGUUUACAUUAGUGCAAAAACAGGCUUUAACGUAAAUAAGGUACUCGGUCAGAUUUAUGAAACAGAGAAGAAACUGGAUGCAAAGACUAGUCCUUCAUCACAGGGUCGAGCGUAUGUUUAUGAAAGUGUACAACAUCCAACUAGAGGAAAAUGUCUGAAUAUGAUCGUCCGGGAUGGUACAUUUAAGGAAGGAGAUUUUAUCUUGUGUGGUCACACGUACGGAAGGAUUCGGAAAAUGUUUGAUACAUCCGGGGAACAGAUAACCAAAACUCUUCCAUCGCAAAUUGUCCAAGUUUCAUGGACGCAGGAUAUCGCAGCAUCCGCAGGAACGUUUGCCAUUCAAUGUAAUUCCCAGGCAAAGGCGAACAAAUUGGCAUCAUUAUAUUUAAAGCGGACACAAAAUACUGAAGAAAGUUACGACGUUACCAAACAACUAAAUAUUGAUCUAAUACCAGAAAUAAAAGUAGUAUUGCGCUGUUGUGACCAGGGUGGACUAGACGCUGUUUUACAGUGGAUCAAAACUUUCAAUGCUGAAAAACGAGCUUCUGCUGAUAUCGAAUACUUGGUGGAAAGGGGAUACAUUAAAAAGGAUGGAAAUGUUCAGGAGUUGUUGAGCCUUUGGAAUCCGAUUUGUGUUGUUUCCAAACAAAUUGGUCCAUUUAACAGCAAUGAUAUACAAAUCGCAGAAACCGGCCAAGUCUCAUUAUUAGGUUUUAAUGUAGAUCUUCCAUCUAACGUGGCCUUACCUCCUAUUGCCAGAACUCACAAGGUUAUUUAUCACCUCUUUAAAGAUGUCGAAAAAAUGUUCAAACAUUACUACGGUCCCACGUAUUCUAUGAAGAAAGAAGCUACCCUCCAUGUUACACGUUUGGGAACUACAACACUCAAGGGAGUUGGUAAAAAGGUGGCAAUAGGUACAGUGGUAAAGGAUGGUACAGUUCGCAUGAAUUUGUUCUUUAUGUUGACUAGGAAUGGUAAAAUAGUGGCCAAGGACCUUACCCUGUCGUCAAUGCAUUCAUCAAAGAGAUCCGUUACCGAACUUGAAAAGGGAGACGGAAACAAUGCGAUACUUUUGAAUCAAGAUGUUGAUGUUAGAGUUGGUGACGAGCUGGUUGCCUACUCCAAGGAACCACUGCCCCCACUCUUUGGAUCAAAUAUAGAUUGCAUGCUAAAGGUUUGAUAAAGUCUAAAAUUUUAAUUUCUCAUUUG